AUGACUAAGUCAAACGUGUCUUCGCUUGUGUCCAUGGGGCUCCCUCGUGGAUUUGAAUGGAAGUUCGGCGAGUCAAGUAUCCUUGCGGGGAACGGGAAGCAGCUAUUGGGUGCUUAUGGCGGUUACUAUGAUCGAGAGAAUCUGUGGAGGAAAAAGCAUAGGAAACUGAGCAGCCACUCCUAUGCUGGCUUCCACGAAGGGAGAAGUAGUGCGGUAGGGCCAGGAGAAAUGAUCAAAUCUGAGCCGGCCGCGGCUAAGGAGGAGGAAGAUGGGCAGAAGCACAUGGUCAGAAUAGAAGGGGAGGAGUCUAUUGCUGGUGAGAAUGGUCAGCUGCAUGCGUCGAUGACAACGAGGAAAUUAGGUAGGCGGAAGGACGAUAACAGUACUGGGAAUGACAGAAGCGAUGGUGGGAGUGAAGUUUGCCGGUCGGACCCAGUGGUCGGGGCUAGGGAACUUCCCGAAGCCGCGGUUCAGUUGACUGCUGGGCUGCAGUCGCUUAUUGAGGUGUUGGAAGCUGAUACAGGCAAGAGCUCAACAAGGGGUCUGGACGAACAUAAAAUUGGCGCUAUCGCAGCACACAGGUACGAUGGUGGUAUGAGAGGAGUUAAGUGCUCGAUAUGCAUGGAUGAGUUGAGGGAAGGGGAUAUGGUCAAGUGCCUGCCAUGUGUUCAUAACUUCCACGCGAAAUGUAUAGACCACUGGCUGCGAGUGAACCAUCGCUGCCCUGUGUGCAAGUAUAAUAGUCGUACAGUAGCCAAAUUUGAGAGGAUUUUUUCUGCUAUAAAGUAA